AUGUUCCCGUGCCCACAGUGCAACAAAUCCUAUCGGAGAAGGAGCCAUCUGCUCCGACAUGAGCACAACCAGCCUCCUCCGGCAGCAGCCAGGCCGGGGAGGAAAAAGCAGUCCUGUGACGAAUGUUUCUCCGCAAAAGCAGCGUGCGAUAAAAAGGCCCCAUGCUCUCGAUGUCAGUCCCUCGGGAAACAGUGUUCGUUCAGGGAUCAGUCGACUGCUUCCCCCGGGCAUUUCUCGGAACUAAGCCCGCCCUCUCCACCACCACCGCUCUUGCGUGGCCCCCAGAAGAAAGGCGAACCGUUCUUUUUCCUGUCGCGUUUCACUGAUCCUUCAGUCAAGCAGGAUAAGCUUGCAAUCGCAGAGACAGCGAGGAGCUCCACCAAAAGGAACCUUGACCCAUUUUAUUUCCAACCGGAAGAUAUGCUCUUCCCCCCCGAUUCAAUCCCCAAUUACACGAUGGGGUUUUCAGUCGCUGACAUAUUCCUUCAACCUCCGCCCACAUUGAGUGAGCAUUUUUCUAUGUCCUUUCUACCCGAGAGUACAUGUUCAACAAGACUGUCUACCAAACUUAACGACAUCAUGAUUGAGCUGGCGGAGACAUCGAGAUCUAUGGAGCCGGUUAGCGCUGGUCUGCAGAACCCGCUUGAUACGACGGAGUUGGCCUCCCUCUUUACGGCCAAUAAUCUAUCCACCUUCAUUUCUGCUUUCUUCCAGUCCCUUCAUUGGCACCUUCCCAUCGUGCAUUUCCCAACAUUCGAUCCUGGGAUGGUUUCCAACCCUCUUCUGCUUUCAAUCUUUCUAUCCGGUGCAACGUACGCUACUUCGCAGGACGGAAACUCCUUGGCAACCGGGCUUCUGGAUGUGGCUGAGGAGUAUAUCUUUCGACAGCUCGCGAAUCUAUCGACCACUCCAUCUCCGACAGGGCCCGCCCAUCUCCUUCCCACCUUGGAAGUAAUCCAAGGAGCGCUUAUUGUGGAGAUGCUCCAGUUUGGACAUGGCGAAACGGGCACCAGGCGGCGGAUACGCAUAAUUAGACACCCGUGUGUGAUAUCUACCAUACGAUCGUUGGGGAUCUUUCAAUCCAAGCGGAGCAUGGCUCUUGGAGCCUGUGACGAGGCGACCUGGCGGUCAGUGAUAGCGGAGGAGGUUAGCAUAAGAAUUGCUUGCUGGGCCUUCCUGGCGGACGGGUUCCUUACAGUUUGUUUCAACAACCACCCGGCACUCUCAAUCUUCGAGAUGGAUUGUGACUUUCCCUGGAGCUCUGCUGUAUUCGAAGCUGAGAACGCAUCAUCCUUCAAUGAAAUUGCGUCGGCGCAUACAACGGCGUGUCCGCUGCCAUCGUUAAGAGAGUUUAUCACACGCCUGCUUGAUGAGAACGCUGCGGGUGACUUGGUGCAGUGGAGUCGCUCCUUAGUAGGUGAACACUUCUUGAUCUUAAUUUACGGUAAGUGCGUCCGCGUAACGUUGCUUGUCAGUAUGGUCGAGCUAAGCGUAGUAUUAGCCAUGCACUCGCUCGCUUUUCAGGCGAGGAGUGGCUUGUUUGGAUGGAUAUCAACGAAUACGAUAAAACGUGCCGCUGAGAACUGGAGAAGCAUCUGGGAUUCCCUUGCCGGUAGCGCGGCAAAGGAAAAGGCACAGCAGCUGGGGUAUCCCAAGCAUGCCGAAGAGCUCUGGUUGCUCCUGACUGCUACGCUUGACCGCACCAGCGGGCGUGGUAUGGGCUCCCGGUAUCUGGAGAAUGCUGCGACUGACGACCUGGCGAACCUGAACGAUUUUAUCCGAAAUAUUGCGGCCCCAGAUAAGACAUAAUGGGCCAUGCCCCGUGUAUUAAUAUGUACAGUUAUGAAUAACCUCCCUUCCCCCGCCUACAUUACAAUAAUAUUAUGAACGAUCCACGUGCCAUCAUGAAGUAACACCACCAACGCCCUCUAGUGGGUUUUAACCGCCUUCAACUCAUCACCCUUGGCUUUUCGAUACGUCCCUCCGAGACGAUCCCACAAGGUCGUGAACUGCCCAUAGUUAUAGUUGAAGUACAGAUGGUGCAAGGUAUGGCACUCGGGGCCAUUGACCACGGCGGAGCGCGAGAGACACUCGGCGUCAUCUAGAUGCAGUCAGAACACACUCACACCGACCCGAGGUCGUCACAAAGGGAAAAACUUACGGAUCACCACGGUCCACAUCGUCACAAAAACGAACAAACCAAUAUACGCGCUCUUUUGCAGCGGGAAAAGCAUGGGGAAAAGAUGGUAGGGCAGACUCUGGGACCACCCGUCGACGGGGUUAAAGGCGU